AUGUCUGGAAUCAGAUUGUUUAGGAAGGCGGAUAUUGAUCAACUUGGCAUUAUGUAUACCUUUUCCUUAAUAUGGCCAACAUUUUAUCAAAUUUACAAGAAAAAAUCAACUGAAGGGUUUCAAUCCCUUCCUUAUGUGGUUGGCUUGUUCAGUGCGGUUCUUUGGAUAUACUAUGCAUUUCUCAAGCCAAAUCCAACUCUUCUUAUUACAAUAAACUCAGUUGGUUUUUUCAUUCAAACCAUAUAUAUUUGUUUCUACCUCUUUUAUGCGACGAAAAAUGCUCGGAUGCAAACUAUGAAGCUGGUUCUUCUGCUAAAUGUCAUUGGCUUUGGACUGAUUGUUCUGUUAACUCAUUUUCUAACAAACGGCACACAGCGUGCCCAAAUUGUUGGAUGGAUUUGCCUCAUCUUUGCUCUAUUAGUAUUUGUUGCACCUUUGGGCAUUUUGAGAAAAGUUAUUCGAACCAAAAGUGUCGAAUACAUGCCAUUUCUUCUAUCAUUCUUCCUCACUUUAAGCGCUGUUAUGUGGUUCUUUUAUGGCUUACUGAGCAAGGACUAUAACAUUGCUAUUCCAAAUGUACUGGGGUUCAGCUUCGGUGUAGUUCAAAUGGUGCUCUAUGUAAUAUACAAAAAUGCGGAGAAAAAAGUCGUCGAGGAAAAGCUUCCCGAAGUAAAAAAAGAAAUCACUGCAUUGGAAGAUCUCAAGCAACUUGAAUUAAAUGAUCAGAUUAUUGAUGUUGUGAAGCUUAGUGCAAUGGUGUGCUCAGAAAUAAUCUCUGAGGUUCCUCAGCUCAAAAAAAAUAUUGUCUUGAAUACGGAGGAAAACGAUAUAAUCACCAUGAAGAGCUAG